ACUUAAUCGGUGUUUGCCUUGUAAUAUUAUCAUAUGAAGAGGGUUGUUUUAGUAAUUUUGAAUUCAGAAUGCAGCCCAUACAAACACCGGCUGGUGAGCUGAUUUCAUUAUCCAAUCCACAUUCAAAGGAGACCACUGACUUCUGAGUUUUAUUAAGCAAAAGAGGAAAUGGCUUCAUCUCUGCUACUUUCAUUAGGUGCUCUAUUUUCUAAAAGUUUGUCAACCGCGGAUCACACAACCAUUAGAGGCCAUAAAGAUGCAAUAAUGUGCUGCUCUAGUUCAAAACAUAGAGUACAAACUUCAAUGACAAUAAAAUGUGGGGAUGAGUUGGACAUAAUUAAGCGCAAGAAUGUGCUUGGGCUACUUUUUGGUGUUUCAAGCCUCUUGAUAGGCUCACUUGAUGCUAAGGCAGGUGGCUUGCCCCCAGAUCAAAAACCAAGACUCUGUGAUGAUACUUGUGAGAAAGAGCUUGACAAUGUACCAAUGGUAACUACUGACUCCGGUUUGCAGUAUAAGGAUAUCAAAGUUGGCAGAGGCCCUAGUCCCCCAGUUGGUUUUCAGGUGGCCGCAAAUUAUGUUGCCAUGGUUCCAUCUGGACAAAUAUUUGACAGUUCAUUGGAGAAAAGCCAGCUUUACAUUUUUCGUGUGGGCUCUGGUCAAGUGAUCAAGGGACUUGAUGAAGGAAUUCUAAGCAUGAAAGUCGGAGGGAAGCGACGACUCUACAUUCCUGGAUCAACUCUAAUAAAACAAGUAUAUAGAGGAGCAGCAGCCUGCCAAAUUGAGUGUCUAAAUCUGGAUUUUAGCCGAUCAAGCCUUACAUUAGAGUUUUAGUAUCAUUAAAAGUCCUUAGACUUCUCUGCAUUCUUGUAUAUUUUGAUUUUGUCGUUUGUUCCCUGAAGCUAGGCUUUUGCCAUUUGCAAAUUUUGUUCCUAAUGUAUGAUGUGAUGGAAUUUCAUGCUAAAAGCUUCACUGACACUGAAUGGUUCUUUUCAAUGGAAGAUGCUUAGGUAUUGCAAUUUGGCCAACUUGAAACCUCCAUUGUCUUCAUCUCUUUACAUGUAUGUUCUGGCAAGUGAACUGAGUUGCAACACCAAAUGGUUAGAAUAGAACAAGGCCUAACUUUUAAGUACUUUCCGUCUCUUUUAUGUCAUUGAUCAGUUGGCAUUCCCAAAAGGUCUCACUUCAGCUCCUGGAAGGCCAAGAGUGGCUCCCAAUAGUCCAGUCGUUUUCGAUGUAAGUUUGGAAUACAUACCAGGCCUCGAAGAUGAUGAAGAAUAAGAUCUCUGAUUUAUUGUCUUCUACCUUCGCUUUACCCCUCUCAUUGAUCACGGAAGCUGUAAAGGAGGUCCAUUACAUUAGCACAUGUAUUAUUCAUUUCCAUUAAUUCAUUUUUUGUAUUCCAAGUCUAAAGCUAGUUUUCCCUGAACUGUUGUUCGUAUAAGUUCAUGAUGAAUAUCCAUGAAAUGUUUUUGGUAAAAGAAAGUGAGGUUCAGAAUGUUGAAGAGACAGAUAGAUACACACAUGGAGAG